CGGCGACUCCUCCCGCCGCCGCUGCAGCCGCAGUGACAGGCGAGCCGGGCGGGUGACGGGAAGUGCGGGCCGCGGGCGCGGGCGGGAGGUGACAGCAGCCACGCGGGGAAGAUGGCUGAGGACUUCGGCUUCUUCUCGUCGUCGGAGAGCGGGGCCCCCGAGGCCGCCGAGGAGGACCCGGCGGCCGCCUUCCUGGCCCAGCAGGAGAGCGAGAUUGCUGGCAUCGAGAAUGACCCGGGUUUCGGGGCACCUGCCGGCAGCCAGGUGGCCUCUGCGCAGCUGGGACUCGCGAGCGGGGCUGGCUCCGAGGACAUGGGGACCACAGUCAACGGAGAUGCGUUUCAGGAGGCUAAUGGGCCUGCCGAUGGCUAUGCUGCAAUUGCCCAGGCGGACAGGCUGACUCAGGAGCCUGAGAGCAUCCGGAAGUGGAGAGAGGAACAGAAGAAAAGGCUGCAGGAGCUGGACGCUGCCUCUAAGGUGACUGAACAGGAGUGGAGGGAGAAGGCCAAAAAGGACCUGGAGGAGUGGAACCAGCGCCAAAGCGAGCAAGUCGAGAAGAACAAGAUCAACAAUAGGAUUGCUGACAAAGCGUUCUACCAGCAGCCAGAUGCUGAUAUCAUUGGCUAUGUGGCAUCUGAAGAGGCUUUCGUGAAGGAAUCCAAGGAGGAGACCCCAGGCACAGAGUGGGAGAAGGUAGCCCAGCUGUGUGACUUCAACCCCAAGAGCAGCAAGCAGUGCAAAGACGUGUCCCGCCUGCGCUCGGUGCUCAUGUCACUGAAGCAGACACCACUGUCCCGCUAGGUGCCUGCCCUGAGAAUGGCCACAAAGCAUGGGCCUUGCUGAGGCGGAGGAGCGGCUGCUUCAGCCAGGGUGGAACUUCCUCUGGCAGCUGCCACACACAGCCUGUUCUGUUCCUCUGCAUCUCUGGGAGCUGGGAUGUGGGACCCUUACCCCUUUCAACCCCCACUCCCUCCUGGCCCUAUGUUCCAGCCCCUCUUGACUCCUCUCAGCCCACUCAAUUGUGACUGUCUCUCCUGAUGUAUUUUUUUUCUUGGCUUAAAGGGUAUGUUAACUCUUUUUACACUUA